AUGCUCAUCAACGGAGAAAAAUUUGCCUGCGAGGCUUGUGUGAGGGGUCACCGUGUUAGUUCUUGCCAUCACCAAGAUCGUCCUCUCGUCCAUGUCAAUAAAAAGGGACGACCGGUUUCGCAAUGCCACCACUGCCGAGGUCUGCGCAAGGCUCGAGCCCAGCACGUCAAAUGCGAAUGCCAUGACAAGGCACAUGCCAAAGAAGACUGUCCGCAUGACAAGAAUGAUGCAAAACCAGGUACACCACCUGUACAAGCCCGUCCCACCCAAACUAACCACCCCUCAGAGCCGCACACCUGUUGCUGUGGACACGGCUCGAAAUGCACAUGCUCGCUGAAGAAGGAACACCUUGACCCGGUCCCGGAAGAUAUUCCUCAACUCAUUCAGCCCAAAGACCACCCUAAACAUCGCCCCAAUCACAACUCACACGAGAGUAAACCAACGGUCUUCACAAAUGGCCACCAUAAGCCCGUUCAUAAAUUCAACGAUGCCCACAACCAACUCGGCAAUCCCUACAAGAUUCCUUCUCGUUCUCAUUCCCUUCAUGGACACCGGGACAUCGCUCAAAGGUCAACCGACAGCCUCCCCUUGACCAAGUACUCCAAGCCCUAUCACGAGUCCCCGCUCCACAACUCCAUGACAGAAGCUGUCGAAACGAUGCAAAGAAAAGUCAAAUCCGAGCACGCCUCGCCUGUCCUCGGUCCACAGACUUAUGCUACGAAUCCCGCCAUCCGAGAUCUGGCCAUUCCCAAUUUCGACCCAAAUGCCUAUGGAUACUCCCCCUUUGGUACCGAGAGCCCCAAUACCCAAAAUCACAGUCUACAAAAUAGUCAGAAUGCAAGCCAGCAAGACUUGACUCAACCUGAAGCAAUUCCCGAGAGCUGGUUCAUGACAUACGAACAAGCUCACGAGUACACGCCUCCGUCCUUCAAUUACAAUGACGUCUCGUCCGUCGACUGGUCCACGUACAAUUUCGAUACAGGCAGUGCCAGCUACACUCCCCCGAACAACGGCAAUUCUCCCUUUCUGCCACAGCAACCCACUUGCAAUCCAUAUGACUUGUCCAAUCAAAUCAACCGUAUCGGCAUCACGUCUUCUAGCGGCGAGGCUUCAGAAGUUGAGGAACAGUCUCCUCCAAACCAGUGGAGUAACGAUCGGUCGGUCAGCAAUGACCGCCAAGUAAGCGUUGACGGCUUCAACGAUUUUAGCAGUCCCGGAGAUGAUGUCUCCGAUAAAUACCGCCUGAGCUCGGCUUCGUCGUACUACGGCACCCCUCAGGCUAACAUGCUCGCCAGUGACAAUUUAACUGCCCUUGAUAUCGAUGAUUACAUCAAACGAGCCGAGCAAGAGACUGCCCGGAUGGCAUUGCAAAAUCAAUUGGCCCAGAUGCAAAUGGCUCAGCAGGAGGCCCAACAGCCACAACAGCAACCGCAACCACAGACGCAGCCACCUUCCAGAUUAUCAAGUGUCAGCCGAGGCAUCACUCCAAGCAUAUCAACACCAGGUAGUACUGCGACUGGCGAGCACUCCUUUACCAUACGAGAGGCUCAAAGGUAUGCACAUUUGGAUGGUUACUCACCCGAGCCGUUGUUUCAACAAAAGCGCGCUAUAACACCGACGAUCGCGGAUGAUCCCGCGUGGUCAGUUGCCCCGGACAUGUCGAAUCCCGAAUCGGUCUUGAACGAUGAAGGGGAAAAUGAAGACUGGGUUCGAUGA